AUGUCCUGUGCGAAGAAAACCUGUUCUUCUGACCAAUUCAAAUGUUACUCAGGCCAGUGUAUUCUUAUGAAAUGGAAAUGUGACGGACAGAGAGAUUGUAAUGACGGCACGGAUGAAAGUGACUGCAAUGCAUCAACAUGCAAUGCAGAACAGUUUAAUUGUACAAAUGGAAAGUGUAUAGAUAUUGAUUGGCGAUGCGAUGGGGACUAUGAUUGCUCUGAUUACAGCGAUGAAGAAAGGUGUGAACCAGUGCCAGCUAAAUCUACUGUAAGGAGACAGAAUGGAAAGGCGAAAACCUGUUCUUCCGAUCAAUUCAAAUGUGACUCAGGCCAGUGUAUUAUAACAAAAUGGAAAUGCGACGGACAAAAGGAUUGUUAUGACGGCACGGAUGAACUAGAGUGCAAUGAAACUUUAUGCAGGCAAGACGAAUUUAGAUGCAACAAUGGGAUCUGUAUUACUAAAGGUUGGCGGUGUGAUGGAACGAAGGACUGUAUGGAGGGUGAAGAUGAAAUAUGUGCAUCAACAUGCAAUGCAGAACAGUUUAAUUGUACAAAUGGAAAGUGCAUAGACAUUGAUUGGAGAUGCGAUGGGGACUUUGAUUGCUCUGAUUACAGCGAUGAGGAAAACUGUGAACCAGUGCCAGCUAAAUCAACUGUAAGGAGACAGAAUGGAAAGGGUUUACUAAAGAGCAGUGCAUUAGUGCCAAAUUGA